AUGGCGGAUCAAAAACUUCUAUCUACACGGCAGAUCUCAGAGCAUAAGACACCCGAGGACUGCUGGAUCGUGGUGGACAACCAAGUGUGGGAUGUCACCGACUUUCUCGACGAGCAUCCGGGCGGAUCAGCUAUUAUCCUAAAAUACGCUGGCCGUGACGCAACAAAGGCCUACUCAGAAGUCCAUGCUCCCAGCGUCCUCAAAACCAACCUGCAACCCGAUAAGUUCAAAGGUGUGCUCGACGAGUCUACCAUCGACGACGCAUGGCUCAAGCCACCACCAGGCGAGAAUCACAAGCUCCUCCUGGAUAAUCAAAAGCCACCUCUGGAAACGUUGAUCAACGCACAUGACUUUGAGGUGGUGGCAUCCAAGACGGCAAGCAACAAGACAUGGGCAUUCUAUUCUAGUGCGGCGACAGACUUGAUCACCCGGGAUGCGAACAAGUCCUGCUUUGAUCGGAUAUGGUUCCGGCCACGAGUAUUGAGAAAUGUGCGGUCUGUGGAUACCCGGACGAAGAUUCUCGGUGGUGACUUUAAACUACCGCUGUUCGUGAGCCCGGCGGCGAUGGCGAAACUGAUUCACUCGGAGGGAGAGUGUGCGAUUGCACGGGCAUGCGAGAGUAAAGGGAUCAUGCAGGGUAUCUCUAAUAACUCCUCCUACACCAUGGACGAACUACGCACAGCAGCACCAUCAGCCAGCUUCUUCUUCCAACUAUACGUCAACCGCGACCGCGAAAAGUCCGCCGCCCUACUCCACCAAUGCUCCAAGAACCCCAAUAUCAAAGCCAUCUUCGUGACCGUGGACGCUGCCUGGCCGGGCAAGCGCGAAGCCGAUGAGCGGGUCAAAGCCGACGAAGGCUUAUCAGUACCCAUGUCGCCAUCCAAGGCGCAGAACGAUAAGAAAGGUGGCGGCCUGGGCCGUGUCAUGGCUGGUUUCAUUGAUCCUGGCCUGACGUGGGAGGAUCUGCGAUGGGUUAGACAGCACACGCAUAAGCCGGUGUGUCUGAAGGGAGUGAUGUCCGCGGAUGACGCGCUACUAGCCCUGAAAGCUGGCAUGGACGGUAUUCUACUGAGCAAUCAUGGCGGACGGAACUUGGAUACCAGCCCGCCGUCGAUUAUCACGUUGCUUGAGAUUCAGAAGCGGUGUCCCGAGGUUUUGGAGAAGAUGGAAGUUUACGUGGAUAGUGGCAUUCGGCGCGGGACAGAUAUCCUCAAAGCUAUCUGUUUGGGUGCAACCGCCGUGGGUAUGGGGCGGAGUAUGCUGUUCGCAACUAACUAUGGACAGGAGGGCGUGGAGCAUCUAGUUGACAUUAUGCAAGAUGAGUUGGAGACGGCCAUGCGCAACGUCGGGAUCACCUCGUUGGACGAGGCCAGUCCCGACCUGGUACACACGGGCGAUGUCGACCACUUGGUCCCGGCAUCCCGAGCACACCCCUACGCCCGGGUUAUUGCCAAGGGCCGACGACGGGGUUCUAAGCUUUAG